AGCCGCGCGGCUCGGGCUGGGCCGCUCUGGGCCGCGCUCCUCGUUCACCCUCGGACUAGGCUCCGACUGCUAGGGGCAGCCCUGCCCGCGCCGAGAACCGACCCGCUGGGCUUCCAGCGCUGCACCCACCACCUCGGCUCCCCCGGGCCGGAGCGAGGCCGCCAGCAGCGCCGCGGGGUGUGGGGCAGACCCAGGAGAUGAAAUGACAACGUCAACCCUCCAGAAAGCCAUCGAUCUGGUGACGAAAGCCACUGAAGAGGACAAAGCCAAGAACUACGAGGAAGCACUCCGGCUCUACCAGCAUGCUGUGGAGUAUUUUCUCCACGCCAUCAAAUAUGAAGCACACAGUGACAAGGCCAAGGAGAGCAUUCGAGCAAAGUGCAUGCAGUACCUAGACCGAGCGGAGAAGCUGAAGGAUUACUUACGAAACAAAGAGAAACAUGGCAAGAAGCCAGUCAAAGAGAAUCAGAGUGAAGGCAAGGGUAGUGACAGUGACAGUGAAGGGGAUAAUCCAGAGAAAAAGAAAUUACAAGAACAAUUGAUGGGUGCUGUUGUGAUGGAGAAACCCAACAUCCGGUGGAAUGAUGUGGCUGGACUGGAGGGGGCGAAGGAGGCUCUCAAAGAAGCUGUGAUUUUGCCAAUUAAAUUCCCACACUUAUUCACAGGCAAGCGCACCCCUUGGCGAGGCAUCCUGCUCUUUGGGCCCCCAGGCACAGGCAAGUCCUACCUGGCCAAAGCCGUGGCAACAGAAGCCAACAACUCCACCUUCUUCUCUGUGUCCUCCUCGGAUCUGAUGUCUAAGUGGUUGGGGGAGAGCGAGAAGCUAGUCAAGAACCUGUUUGAGCUGGCCAGGCAGCACAAGCCUUCCAUCAUCUUCAUUGACGAGGUGGAUUCCCUCUGCGGGUCACGGAAUGAAAAUGAGAGCGAAGCUGCCCGAAGGAUCAAAACGGAGUUCUUGGUCCAGAUGCAGGGAGUAGGGAGUAACAAUGAUGGGACUCUUGUUCUUGGUGCCACAAACAUCCCCUGGGUGUUGGAUUCGGCUAUUAGGAGGAGGUUUGAAAAGCGAAUUUAUAUCCCAUUGCCAGAGGAAGCAGCCCGUGCCCAGAUGUUUCGGUUACAUCUGGGGAGCACACCACACAACCUCACGGAUGCUAAUAUCCACGAGCUGGCCAGGAAGACAGAAGGCUACUCAGGCGCAGACAUCAGCAUCAUUGUGCGGGACUCCCUCAUGCAGCCAGUCAGAAAAGUACAGUCAGCAACACACUUCAAGAAGGUUUGUGGCCCUUCCCGCACCAACCCUAGUGUCAUGAUCGAUGAUCUUCUGACCCCAUGCUCUCCAGGGGAUCCAGGGGCCAUAGAGAUGACUUGGAUGGAUGUCCCUGGUGAUAAACUCUUAGAGCCUGUGGUUUGCAUGUCAGACAUGCUCCGGUCUUUGGCUACUACCCGGCCAACAGUGAAUGCAGACGACCUCCUGAAAGUAAAGAAAUUCUCUGAGGACUUUGGACAGGAGAGUUAAAGCUUCAUGUUGAUAAUGAAAUUGGGAGUUUGACUGGAGCAAAUUCAUGGGACUUUCUACAGCAGUGGCCGGGGCAGAGCCUGAAGUCCUGGAGUCAACAGUAACCCCUCUGCCGCCUGGCUGCCGACCGGGGGAUGAAGGAAGGGCCUCCACAGCCGUAGACACUGCACCCCGUAGGACGCUGGGACACUGGCUCUGCACACUUCAUUCCCGGAUGCUCACAAUCCUUGCCCUCAUGUUUUUUUUUAACUUUUGUUCCCCUAAAUUAAUGCUGCUUUGAUUUCUGUGUUUAUAAAUAAAAAUAUCACCUGGAAAGAGUUAAGGAGUGGGAGCCACCAGGCCCCUGUUCCCACUCCUUUCCUCUGAACUUUGGCUACUUGUAAGCUGACUGUGGGAAAGUAGGAAAAGCCAUCCCACCCUCUCAGUUUGCACCUGGAGCUUCAGGUCUUCCUUGCAGGAGCUCACGGCUUCGGCAAGUGAGCACAAGCUGUUUCCACCAGGAGACGGCAGUCAGGCAGUCAGGCUGCCUCCACUGAGAACUGAGCCCAGCCUCUGCUGGUCCUGUCCUGGAGAUGUCUAAUAAACCCUUUUCCCUUCUUGA